AAAAAAAAAAAAUAAAAAAAAAAAAAAAAAAAAAAGGGAGAGAAGGUGUGUGCAGGUGCUUGAUCGGUUCAGUUUUGAGACAGAGUUGUGCGUGGGAGCGAGGUCUCACAGCGACACCUCAAGAUCGCUCCACCUGGGAGCGAGGUUUCGAGAGCGACACUACAAGGUCGCUCGCGAUUUCGUCGCCGGAUCAAGAAAAACCGCGCCAGAGUGAGGUCUCGGAGCGAGGUGGAAAGGUCGCUCCAUCUGGGAGCGACGUUAUGGGAGCGACACAUCGUAGUCGCUCGCGUAUUGAUAAACCGGAGCGACACACUAGAGCGACACCUUGACGUCGCUCCAACUCAGAGCGAGGUUUCUAGAGCGAUACUCCAAGGUCGCUCGCGUUUAGUAGAAGCGCGACGCAGGGAAACGACUCGGGAGCGACCUCUCCCAGCGACACCCUCACGUCGCUCCCGAACCGGUCCAGGUAAGUUUCCUAACUCUAAACCCCGGUUUAAUACAAGUAAACCGACCCUAACCACCCUAGACCGAACCGGACGACCCUAAACCUACCCCAACCCCCGCGACUCCAUCUCUAUCACUCUCCCCUCCUCUCAAAAACUCACAAACUCUCUCAAACUCACCCACACCAAAAUUCCCAAAACCUUCUCAAUUCUCACCCAAAUCAACUAGUUCUUGUUUCUAAAUCCAAGCUUUCGCCCCUGUAGUCUAUUCUUCACUACCCAUUCACCAUUUCCUUUCAUCCAGAGCAAGGUGAAAAUGGUUAAGAAGACAAAGGGAAGGUUGGAAGCUGAGAGGCAAGAAGCCGAAAGUCAAGAGUUUGCACUAAGAGGAAAAGCUUUAACCAGCGAGCCAACUGGCUCAGGGACGCAGAGGACUGUGAGACAGCAGACGUUGGCUGCAAAGAAAUCGAAAGAACACGAGAAGAGGGCAGGAAAAAGCGUACCAGUUCCCACCCAUGAGGAAGGUGAAACUGAGAGUGAAGAUGAGCCGGCACCUACGAAGAAAGCCAAAAUGUCAAAGGGCAAAGGGGUUGCUGUUGAUCGAGACAGAACGAAAACUCCAUCUGUGGAGGAGCUAUAUGACCAUUUGAAGAAUGGAGUCACUUGGGCUCCAACCAGGUUUGCCGACCUCGGUUUGCUGAAGGAGUUGGGUCUAGAGUCUGAUAUUGAGACGAUGCUGGGACAUUUGAAGAUGCCAAAACUCCUCACCAUGGCUUAUCCUUUCUACAAGGAUGUCACUUGUCAGUUCCUAUCCUCUCUUGUGGUCACUUACCAUGACACGGCGCAUGUGAGACAAGGAUGGGGAAAAAUCAGGUUCAAGGUCAAUGGAAGAGAAUUCAACAUGAACUUCAAGGACAUUGGGAGGGUCAUGGGGUUCCAAGACCUAGAAGACCACUCACUUCCCAAGUGUGAGAACCUCCCCACAGAGCUCUGGAAAUUGAUUACUGGAAACAAGCACUCUACCGGGGCAGACAAGAACUCACACAUCCGACACCCGUCUGUACGCUACCUCCACAGAUUGCUAGUCCAUGCUUUUUACCCACGGAAGCAAGCUGGUACGGUUACUGAGGAAGACAUGAGACUGCUCUGUCCGGCUAUCCGUCCCUACGCUCAACCUGGAGUGUUACCCCUUCCCAGCACUGACAUCUAUGCUACUUUGGGAUUGUCAGAGUACUUUCUCGGAGAACACGGGCCUCUCGAUCCAAUUCAAGCAGCUCCAUCAAGGAAAAGGAGUGUCCCUACGCAACCUGACUCGCCUGUUGCAGACACAUCUGAGCAUAUCUAUGGACCUCCGCGCUACUACUUCAAGCCCCAUGACGGAGUCCUUCCACCUGGAGCUCUCCGUGAUGCUCAUGACCACAUUGGUCGUCUCCAGAGGUGGAACAAAGCUCAGGACAGAACGAUAGAAAAGCUGAAGGAUAAAUGCAAGGCGCUAAGCAAGACUGUGAAGAAGCAGGCAAAGACUUCAGCCAACUCAGCCGAUUUCGCUUUCGCGAACACCUCAAACCCCCAGCCUCAACCACCGCCUGAUGCUCUUGGCUUCCCACUCACUGCUGCGCAGCUUCAGCGUAAGUGGAGGAACCCACCCACUCAACCUUCCACUUCAGGCAACAAAUCCCCAUCCCUCGCUUCUUCAGAAAGUGAGGACGAGAUUGACGAGGUUGAGAGCCAACCAUGGUAUGGAGGCUCCGGUUCAGCAUCCGGUGGUUACUACACCACCUUCCCUCCUGACGACGACGAUGCUGGGGUGGGAGGGUGA